UUCCUUCAAACCUCUCUUCUUCCUUCCUUCACUAGCUCAAUCCCGAUAAUCUCCAUCCAUGGCGUCCACUUCCUUCUUUCUUCUCCUUCUUCCCCUUCUCCUCCUCCUUCAAACCCUCUUCUCCUCAUCAAACGCCCACUCCACGGCCACCUCUUUCCUCGACCACUUCACCGAAGCCCCCAAAAUCGGCGACCGCCACCCGGCCAUCGCCGGCGUCAAAACCUACCUCCGCCGCUACGGCUACCUCUCCGCCGACGACAUCGACGACGACCACUACUUCGACGUACUCCUCGAGUCCGCGCUCAAGACCUACCAAUCCAACUUCAAGCUGGACCCCACCGGCCGGCUCGACGCGCCGACGGCGGCCAUGAUGAGAACCCCGCGCUGCGGCGUCCCCGACGUGCUCAACGGCACCAACUGGAUGGCGGCGCCGGCGAAAGUUACUCACCACCACCACAGCCGCUUCCGAACCACCGCGCGGUACAAUUUCUUCCCCGGGAACCCGACGUGGCCGGAGGGGAAGCGGAACCUGACGUACGGGUUCCUCCCGGGGACGCCGGAGAUGGCGAGGGAUCCGGUGGCGCGUGCGUUUAAGAAUUGGGCAUCGCACUCCCGGGGGCGGUUCGCGUUCGUGGGGACGGAGGAUGAUCACGCGGAAUCGGCGGAUAUCAAAAUCGGGUUCUUCAGCGGGUACCACGGGGACACGGGCUCGUUCGAUGGCCCGGGCGGUUCGCUGGCCCACUCAAGCCCGCCGAAGUCUGGGCUCCUGCACUUCGAUUCGGAGGAGACUUGGGCCGUGGGCUCGGUCCAGAAGGCUUUUGACGUCGAGACGGUGGCUUUGCAUGAGAUAGGGCACAUUCUCGGGCUGAUGCACAGCUCGGUGCCGACGGCGAUUAUGUACCCGGCGGUGGGCGACGGUGUGACGAAGAAGCUGAGCCGGGAUGAUGUUCAUGGCUUCAGGGCUCUGUAUAAGGUCUGAAUUUGGAUUGGGAAAUAGUCUAAUAUGUGUAUGUUUACUUUUUGACAAUGAAAGUGAUCCAUUUAUUCUGAAAAUCAAGGAAGUAUACUGUAUACAUUUUUCUUAACAUAUUAAAAAAUUAAGGAGUGUAGCACUAUAUCUUAAUUAACAAAUCAUGAGUGG